UAACCAACAGGUCUCUCUCCAAAAAGUUCCUAAAACUGUGACAUUGCGGCUUCCGUACUAUGGACUACUCCAGCCACAACAUCAACUAUCUAGCUAAUCUACUUUUACAAUCAUUGUUGUCAAAUAACUUCAAAAGUGGUAUAUCACAUCCUAUCCCGGACGAAAUAGCAUAAAAUAGGUAUUCGCAACAUGCUAGCUAUAAACAGUACGCUUGCUAUGAAAUUAAAAUUAACCGACAGUCAGUAAGCUAGCUAACGUUAGCUAGCUCUGACAGGGACAGCUAGCUUUCUAGUUAGCGAACGACGUUAACCGUUUGGUUGUGAAGUUGCCGAGGUUUUACAUAGUUUCGACGUAUUACUGAAGGUUAGUUAACUAGCUGUAAUCGUCUAUAACCGGUUAGCGUAGCUACAAAUGAGUAGCUAGCUAGUUGCUAAUUUCAGUUUGUCAAAAAUAUUGUUGCAAAAGGUAGCUAGCUAGCAAGAGAUAGGCCACUCGCUACUAUGUAGCCAGUUUAAAGCUGUCUGGUCAGUUCGGCGCUAUAUUGUAACUCAGUGCUAGAGAGAUCAGCAGCAGUUAACGUUAGUCUGUUGUAGUAGGCAAUAACAUCCUAGUGGACACAGUUAUCUGCUAGCUACAGACGUACGAUUCUGGUUUAUUAUUAGUAACAGUGUUAGCUAGUAUUUUCGUUUUAGUAGUAGAUUAGGCGGAACAGCGGGAUGUCUAGGGGAUUAAGUCUAGCAAUGAUAUUGUUUAGAAAAUAAAGCAACAAAACUAUGUUUAUAAUGCAUGCAACGGCUCCCAAAUGAAUUCUUACAUAAGGCUACAUUUGUUAUUUUCUUUGACUACAUAAAAUCUGAUGCGUCUGAGGUUAUUAUACAAAACACUUAAGCUAAAUCGGUUUAUUUAUUUUGAAGAGUAGCCACAUAAACAUUUAAAAUGUCUGGAGACGGCUCGGAUAGUAGUAGUAGCGAGGACUCCGAUACUGGGAUCCGGAGGAAAGCCUGCACUGUCAAACAUGAGAUCACCAAUGCAAACCUCACGGGCCAUACUGAGAGAGUGGGCAUGGAGAACUUUGAGCUUCUCAAAGUCUUGGGCACAGGAGCCUAUGGGAAAGUUUUUCUGGUCAGAAAGAACAGUGGUCAUGAUGAAGGGAAGCUGUAUGCCAUGAAGGUGCUGAAGAAAGCAGCCAUCGUUCAGAAGGCAAAGACUGCAGAGCACACGCGUACAGAGAGACAGGUGCUGGAGCACAUCCGGCAGUCCCCGUUCCUGGUUACACUGCACUAUGCCUUCCAGACCCAGACUAAGCUCCAUCUCAUCUUGGACUAUGUGAGCGGAGGGGAGAUGUUCACACACUUGUACCAGCGGGAUCACUUCUCUGAGGAAGAGGUGCGGAUUUACAUCGGGGAGAUUAUCCUGGCCCUGGAGCACCUCCACAAGCUGGGCAUCGUGUACCGGGACAUCAAGUUAGAGAACAUCCUCUUGGACAGCGAGGGACAUUUYGUGCUGACAGAUUUUGGGCUCAGCAAAGAGUUCCUGGAGGAGGAGAAGGAAAGGACGUAUUCGUUCUGUGGCACCAUAGAGUACAUGGCUCCAGAGAUCAUCAGGGGGAAGUCUGGUCAUGGAAAGUCGGUAGAUUGGUGGAGUCUGGGGAUCCUGAUGUUUGAGUUACUGACGGGGGCGUCACCAUUCACCCUGGAGGGGGAGAGGAACUCCCAGAGUGAGGUGUCCAAGCGCAUCUUACAUUGUGAGCCGCCGUUCCCCUCUAUGAUCGGCGCAGUGGCUCAGGACCUGUUGAGGAAGCUGUUGGUCAAAGACCCCCACAAGAGACUGGGCUCUGGGCCCCGAAGGGCCGAAGACAUCAAGACUCAUGCCUUCUUCAAGGGUCUCAGUUGGUCAGACCUGGCUGAGAAGAAGGUAGUCAGCCCAUUCAAACCAGAGAUCAGGAGUGAGCUGGAUACAGGGAACUUUGCUGAGGAGUUCACUGGCAUGAAUCCUCUCUACUCUCCAGCCAGCACCCCACCAAGCACUGAUCGACUGUUCCAGGACUCUACGUUCUUCCAGCUGUAUGAGCUGUGCCUGCAGGGGGCGCCCCUGGGCGAGGGCAGCUUCUCUGUGUGCAGGAAGUGUCGACACCACCAGAGUGGCCAUGAGUACGCCGUUAAGAUCAUCAGCCGCAGAAUGGAAGUGAACACUCAGAGGGAGAUUGCUGCCCUCAGGCAGUGUGAGGCUCACCCCAACAUUGUCAAACUGCAUGAGGUCUACACUGAUCAGUUCCAUACAUACCUGGUGAUGGAGCUGCUGCGUGGGGGGGAGCUGCUGGAGAGGAUCAAGAAGAAGAAGCUGUUUGGGGAAUCAGAGGCCAGUCAGCUGCUCAGGAGCCUGGUGUCAGCUGUCGGCUUCAUGCACGAGGCUGGAGUGGUGCARAGAGACCUCAAACCAGAGAAUGUGCUGUUUGCAGACGAGGGGGAGGACUCGGUGCUGAAGGUGAUAGAUUUUGGUUUUGCCCGGCUGUGCCCUGCGGGCAGCGCCCCCCUGCAGACUCCCUGCUUCACACUGCAGUAUGCUGCUCCUGAGCUCUUCCACAGCACCGGUUACGACCAGGCCUGCGACCUCUGGAGCCUUGGGGUCAUCCUGUACACCAUGCUGUCAGGACAGGUGCCCUUCCAGAGUAAGCAACAGCAGCGAGCGGGGAUGACCUCAUCUUAUGCUGUUGACAUCAUGCAUAAAAUUAAAGAGGGAGACUUCUCGUUGGCUGGAGAAGCCUGGAAGGGUGUGUCAGGGGAGGCUAAAGAGCUUGUGAAAGGGCUUCUGACGGUGGAUCCAGAGAGGCGUCUCAAGCUGUCUGCUCUGAGAGAGAACAGCUGGCUGCAGGGCGGGGCCAUCCUAUCCUCCACCCCCCUCUGCACCCCAGAUGUGCUAGAGUCCAGCGGCCCCAUCGUCCGCUCUUAUGUCAACGCCACCUACAAGGCGUUCAACAAGGGGAAGAGGGAGGGCUUCUUUCUGAAGAGUGUUGACAACGCCCCCCUUGCAAAGCGACGCAAGCUCAAGAUGACAAGUACAGGUGUGGAGACUCGACGGAGCUCCUCUUGCUCAUCCUCUUCCUCCUCUUCCUCAGCUGCCUCUGCCGCUGCAACAAACUCAAAAACACAGCCACCACACCAAACUCUGUCCCCGAAGCUAGAAAAGCACUAGAAGGGGAGUAGGGGGAAGAGUGAGAGGAAUAAAGUUAGGAGAAGGAAGCACAUUAAUUCAGAUAUGACAGAUUGGGAUACUGUCUCUGAAAGACCAGAGAUGACUUGAUUUGAAUUCCAAAGUCAUCUAGAAUCUCCAAAUUCUAAGUCUAAGAGCUUAUUUAUGAACCAACUAAGAGACUAGUUAAAUAUUUAAGGAUUCACCUCCCUGUUUUCUAGAAAGAUGAUGCUAUUUGCGUUAUCGUAAUGAUGCAAUGACUUUAUCUAUGUGUUUAUACCAUUUGCAGUAAACUGCAGUAGCUUGUACCAUCUCAUUUAAUUUUCUCAAGAAAUUAACUAACAUGUAAUUUCUUGAAUGGAAAUAAGCUUUAGAUCAGUGUUUUCAUAACUCCGGUCUAGAGGAUAAAUAUCAGUAUGGUAGGUUAUGGAAGACUGUUGGCUUUAAGGUCAUACUAAUGAAGGUUUCAGUGACCUUGCCAGGGUGACGAUGAUGAGCAUGCAGUUAUCCUGAUGUUAACAUGUUCUCAGUACCAGAGGGAGGGAGGGAGGGAGGCAGGGUGGCGGGAGGGAGAGGUAAAGGGAAAUGAGGAGCCAUAAUGAGCACAAGCCAUAUAUACAUAGGGAGGUCAUGACCUCUACACCGGAGCACUUGUAGAUACAUACACAGCACUCAUCGCAUGACAAACCGAGGCAGUGGUUAGGAGUCUGUUGGAAGUCUCACUGUAUCUAAUGGUGUGGUUGAGAUUGAGAAAUAAUGGUGCUACUGUACUAUAUAAAAGAAAAUCUAUUAUUAUUACUGCGGACAGCUGUUCAAGUGAACUUUGACCCUGCGUGAUGAUCCCAGUCCAUGGGACGCAGUCUUUGUGACCCAGAUGUCCCAUACUGCCAAUUUACAGGAACCUUAGUAUCAUUCCCUUUGGCUUGAGAUUUCAGCGUUCUAUUGACAUUGGUCUCGCUGUGUAUACUUAACUGGUUCACUGAACUUCACCUGCAAAUCAAAUAACGGCAUCCAUUGUCCUGUGUGUGUGUACAUGUGUGCUUCAUUAAUUAACAACCAUCAUGAUUCUGACUAAAUAAGAUAAGACGGGGAAAUAAAACACUGGGUUAUGAUAAACAUUCUGAUUUGAUAUUAUAUUAUCAUACACAGAUGACAGUGCCCUACAGCUCAUGGUGUUGAGUUCUUAUGAGCAGAGCAACUUUUCGCUAUAUUUCUCAAAGGGACAAAUCAAAAUAUGAAUUAUUUUGUACUGUGAGUAAGAAUUGUCACCCUGAUUGAAAGAAUUGAGUGUUUUUUUAAGACAUUUCGGUAUUUUAUCAUUGAAUGUCAGUUACACUGAUCAUUUACCAAUCACUUUUUUACCCAAAUAUAUUGACUGUUGAUUAGAUUUGUACCUGGACAUUGCACAAAUGUAGUCAUUUAAUCAGUGAUACACAUUUCAGCUUUAAACACAGUGCUUAUUUGAGUAUUUAUUACAUUUUAUGGGUUGUGAUGUGUUUUUCUGAUGCUGUGGUAAUGGUUUUCAGACUGAUUUACCUUUGGUGGGUUUGAGUGUAUGUACUGUAUGCAUGUUGAUUGGUUUGCGUGUGCGCAGCGUGACUGGUUCUGGGUAUUAUAUGUGCUCUUUUCCUUAGUCUCCAGAUAAGCCAUUAUUGCAGGUUAAUGUAGUAAAUAUAAUUUUUAUUCGUUAUUUCUUAUAAACAUUAUUUUGUGUCGGGAACUGUGCUUUUGUUCUAUGCUAUUGUUUGUAUUUUCAUUUGGCUGUUGAUGUCGUAUGUUGUCUUUUUAAUGUUAUGAAUUUGAGAUACUAUUUUUAAUGAGCUACUGCCCAUGCCAUGUAUUGUUGUCCUUUUUGGCAAAAGAUAUUAAAUGUUCUUCAAAGCAUAUCAUGAUAUUGAGAUACACUAUGUCACAAUAACUUGUAAUGCUUUGUUUUGUGUCGAACACUUAAAUGUGGAGAAAAAUAAAUGAUUUUACUCAAUAUUUA